CAAUAACACGGAUUUUGAAUAGGCACAACUCACAUGAUGCCUCCAAAAAAGUUGAACAAAGAUGGGGAUCAGAAGCCGAAGGAGGACGAGAAAACUAACAAACCCACUGUCUCCGAUGAAGAAGUCCGCCAGGAAUCAGGGAAAGCCGCCAACGCUGCCCUCGCGGCUCAGAAGAAGGCCAAAGAAUUGAAGGAUGCGGCUGCAGCGGCCGGCGAUCCUGAAGAACGAGAGAAAUUAACGGCAGAAGCUACGAAUGCCGAGAUUGAAGCUGAGUCAUUUGGAAAAACAGCAAAGUACCUACGCUCGGGCGCAUUUCAGGGCAUGGCUAUGGGUACAGGUCUUGGUGUUGCACCAGGAGCAACUUUGGGAGCAAUCAGUGGGACCUUAGUUGGAGGUAUUUCGUCGACACUACUAGGUGGACUGGGCGCCGGUAUAGGUGGCGUUACAGGGGCAAUUCAUGGACCUUUCGUGAACAUGGGCAAAGUAGCAAGGAAAGGGAUGAAAAAGCUGACGAGCUUUCUACCGGAAUGGGCAGCAAGCGAGGAGCAAAAGAAGACAUUGGAAAAGAUGGUUGGCCAGGCCAAAGACGAAGAGAUGCCUGGUACUGAGGAGCUUGAGAAGUUCAAAAGCGAGGGUGGUGGAGGUCAGCUGGAUGAAGGGUGGCUGCAGAAUGCAAAAGGCAUGCUUCCAAAACAAGAGGAUGUCUCAGAUGCAGCCAAAGCGGGAGCACAGGUAACCGGUGGUCAAUCAGUACCGGAGUCUAAGGACGGCACAUCAGAGCAGCAGCUGCAUGAAGGCUCGGCCCAUACGGACGGCCCUCAAGGUCGCAAAAAGCCACGCAAACUGAAUUCUAGGCCGACCGAUGGCAGCGAUCGAGUGCUAGAUACGGACGGCAAUGACAAUACGAAGGAUGAGCCAACUCAAGGCAAGCAGGAGUCAGACGCACACAACGAAGAAGAGAUGGACGAGCGAACGAAGAGACUCAAUCAGCGCGAGGCUGGCCUGAACCGUAGAGAAGCUGAGUUGGAACAGAGGGAAAAGGCGUUAGAGAAGCGUGAGAAAGAACUUGAGUCCAGAUCAACUAGCCACGACCCAGAGCGCUCAACCACAUCGGAACCGAAAGGACAUCCCCGCAAACUCGAAACCAGAUCUUGAGAUUAUCAUGUAUUGCUUCGUAAAUGUCUCAAGAAAUUGUCUCGACUACGCGGGAACAUGUCCCGUUAUGAUAUUGAAAUGGCCACUACACAAAACCUUAGCAGAAGCCUUGAUGGAAGCCUUGGUGGAGGCCUUGGGCAAAUACAAUAAUCAAACUCAUUCAAGAUGCCCCAGUAAUUUCGCGUACACUCAACCGUGCCUUGGCCUCUACCCAGCGUCAGAUUCACAUCAUUCCCUACAAGCACCCGCUCGCCACGCAAUGACACGGCACCCUCCGCCCAAUGCACCAUUCAAAACCUGCGAUCUCAAGCAGCACAGCGGGUCGGAACUCCCCAUCGCGCGUUCCAUCUCUAUUGGAGUGUGAAGCCCACCUAGUCUCCAUCUGAGCCACUGCGCUUCCCAUCCACCACUACACUAAUGCAGGGAAAAACACCGCCCAC